AUGGAACGCUCAGAAUCCGGGAACAGUGAAUCUGAACUCAGGAGGUCAAGUUCUACUUCUUCGUCGAACUAUAGCAAUAUUAAUGGCAACUUGCACGCAAGAGUCAAAGCCUUCCAGGAACAGCGGCAGCUCAAGCGAUCUGGUAGCAUGAGCUCUUCAAGUGCUGGAUCCAAGCAGGUAGGGUCGAAUGGAGAAGGACUGGGGACGGCGGGAACGAGAGCAGAUCUGACAAGGACUGCAUCCGCAUCUUCUGGAUCAGCAACAGCAGCAGUAGCAGCAGCGGGAGGAAGGCUAGGAGGCAACGCGGAAUCGCAGAACAUUUGCAAGAUAGUUAACAAGCCUCUGCCACCGUUGCCCCCCAGUAAAGAGAGCGGUCAGGUGCUGAGCCCAAUUAGGCGUGCGCCCAGACCUCCUGCGAUGCCUGGAACGACUCCUGGAGGUACAAGUAUCGGCCCUCUACCUAAUAAAGCUGGUCCAACCUUGGUAGGUGCCGGAAAACCCAGCCUGAGCGCCAGAAGAGGUUUGAAACUGCCCGCUGGCGGGAUGUCGCUCAAAAUGAAGCCACCUUUGGCUUCAGGACCAAACGUCACUUCCCAGGAGUUUGCCGGAGCGCCCUCCAACCGCGGAGCACCUGUGCAACCAAACAGAAGCAACCCAGGCUCGCUCGUCAACGGUGUCCAAACCACGUCCACCUCCCUGGGCCAGCAGAGAGAUACCGAAGGCACCACCCCCAACCUACAACUACAACACCAACAGCAACUACAGAGCCGCAGUGGAUCCAAUGGACUAUUCUCUAAUUUCUCCAAAUAUGUGGACAUCAAAUCAGGCUCUCUGAAUUUUGCUGGCAAGCUAUCGCUAAGUUCGCAAGGUGUAGAUUUCAGCAACGGGUCGAGUUUUCGGAUCACGCUUGAUGAACUGGAAUUUCUAGAAGAGAUUGGACAUGGUAACUAUGGAACUGUGUCUAAAGUUUUGCACAAGCCCACGAAUGUCAUUAUGGCCAUGAAAGAAGUUCGUCUUGAGCUGGACGAAUCCAAAUUCACUCAGAUAUUAAUGGAGCUGGAGGUACUGCACAAAUGUCAGAGUCCUUACGUUGUGGACUUUUACGGUGCAUUUUUCAUCGAGGGAGCCGUGUACAUGUGCAUGGAGUAUAUGGAUGGCGGUUCACUGGACACGAUAUACGAUAACGACCUUCUUGGCGGUGUUGACGAACCACAACUGGCCUGCAUAACUCACGAUAUAAUCCAAGGUCUCAAAGAACUGAAAGACGUUCACAAUAUCAUUCAUCGGGACGUGAAGCCUACAAAUCUUCUAUGUUCCGCCGCUCAAGGCACAGUAAAACUCUGUGACUUUGGGGUUUCGGGAAAUUUGGUUGCGUCGCUGGCAAAAACUAACAUCGGUUGCCAGUCCUACAUGGCACCAGAGCGGAUUAAGUCUCUUAACCCAGAUAAGUCUACCUACUCAGUGCAGUCGGAUGUUUGGUCCUUAGGGCUGAGCAUCUUGGAAAUGGCCACUGGUGCCUAUCCUUACCCUGCAGAAACAUUUGAUAAUAUCUUUUCUCAAUUGAGCGCCAUUGUGGAUUCACCCCCCCCUAAGCUGCCCAAGGAUAGGUUUAGUCCUUUGGCGCAAGACUUUGUAAGUAUGUGCCUUCAGAGAAUACCGGAAAGACGACCCACUUAUGCCGCACUCCUGGAGCAUCCUUGGUUGAAACUCCACCACAACUCUAGCGUCCAGAUGAGCGAUUACAUUACCAUCCGGGAAGAAAAGAAGAAACUGGCGAUGGCGAGUAACCAUGAGCUUCAAGAAACUAAAGCUAAUGCCAUACCAGCUCUACACAAGGGUGGUCUAUAA